GAGUUUCUUUCUCCUUUCUCUGGUUCAAUUAUGGCUUCCACAGCUUCGUUAACUUCGCUCGCCGGCUAUCAAUUUCCGCCGGAAAAUCUCUCAAAAGUUCAUCGGAAAGUACAUCUUCCUUCUACUAUUGAUCCUAGAUCUUCCGUUUUCGGUAAAUUUCUCUCCGGAAUUUCCAUCUCCAGAGAGAAAUCAUCACCUUCGUCACUACUUUGUUAUGCAGUCGAACAACAACAACAAAUAGUUACAUCCUCAGUGCCGGAAUCGAUAAAUGAUUCAGAAACCACGAAUCCUGCAUCUUCCAAGGUCGUUCUCGUAGUAGGAGGCACCGGCGGAGUUGGACAGUUGGUUGUUGCAUCGUUGCUUAGCCGAAAUAUAAAAUCUUGUUUAUUGCUUCGAGAUCCUGAGAAGGCAUCAACACUUUUUGGUGAACAUGAGAAGGAAAAACUUCAAGUUUGCAAAGGAGACACUAGAAACCCAAAGGAACUCAAUCCAACUAUGUUUGAGGGUGUCACUCAUGUCAUUUGCUGCACGGGAACUACAGCUUUCCCAUCUCGGAGAUGGGAUGGAGAUAAUACCCCAGAAAGAGUAGAUUGGGAAGGUGUGAGAAAUCUUGUUUCUGUCUUGCCUUCAUCACUAAAGAGGAUCGUCCUUGUAUCGUCAAUUGGAGUUACAAAGUACAAUGAGAUACCAUGGAGUAUCAUGAACCUCUUUGGUGUACUGAAGUAUAAGAAGAUGGGGGAGGAUUUUGUCAUAAAAUCUGGCCUUCCAUACACCAUAAUCAGGCCAGGGAGAUUAACUGAUGGACCAUACACAUCAUACGAUCUUAACACUUUGCUUAAAGCAACAGCUGGUGAAAGACGCGCAGUCCUUUUAGGCCAAGGAGAUAAGCUUGUAGGUGAAGUUAGCAGGAUUAUAGUUGCUGAAGCUUGCAUACAAGCAUUAGACAUCGAAAGUACUCAAGGCCAAAUUUACGAAAUCAACUCCAUUCCGGGUGAAGGACCAGGAAAUGAUACUGGCAAGUGGCAAGAACUGUUUGAAGCCACUCAUCAACUUCAAUGAUCAACCAAUUACAAACAUAUCCUGUUCAUAUACUCAGCAAUGUAUACAUACACUGUAAGCCAUCGAUCUCUUUUUGGUAUAAUGUAAAUAGUUUUUGUAAGUUUUCUGCAUAUAAGUGUGCAUUAUUCUUCUACAAGCUGUCAAUAUUUAUGUUAAUUUGAUGGAUCCUCUAAA